AUGGGCGUAACAUCCAAGUUCCUGCGCGCCAUCGUGCGCAACGAGGCCAUGCGUACCGAUCCCGACGAAAUCUAUGGAUGGCGUGUCUUCACCCUUGUCUUCUCGGCAUGCUUUGGUGGCAUGCUGUUCGGUUGGGACACGGGUUCCAUCGGCGGCAUCCUGACCAUGCCUGCUUUCCAGGAGAAGUUCCAUUAUGCGCACAGCUCGCCCAAGGCCAAGUCCAACAUGAACCAGAACAUUGUAUCCACGCUGCAGGCAGGGUGCUUUGCCGCAUGCUUCUUCACCAGCUGGGUCACGGAUCGAUAUGGUCGCCGAUUUGCCCUGAUCGCCGCAGGACUUCUGACCAUUGUCGGCAUCAUCUUCCAGGCUGCGUCUGCCGCCGACGGCACGCUGGCUGUCAUGUAUGUCGGCCGAUUCAUUGCCGGUCUGGGGAUCGGUGCUGCAUCGGCACUGACUCCGUUGUAUGUGUCCGAGUGCGCUCCUCGUGCCAUUCGAGGUGGCUUGACAGCCUUUUACCAACUCUUCAAUGUCUUCGGCAUCAUGCUCGCCUUCUGGGUCAACUACGGAUGCCUGUUGCACGUCUCAGCCCCUGCCAUCUACAUCAUUCCUCUCACCCUGCAGGCUCUUCCAGCCGUCUUCUUGAUGGUUGGCAUGUUCAUUUCUCCUGAAAGCCCGAGAUGGUGCGCCAGACGAGACGAUUGGGACCGUGCCACGAAAGUCCUUGUAAAGCUCCGAGGUCUGCCUGCCGACUCGGAAUACGUGCAGAACGAGAUCCAGGAAAUGGCGGAUCAGCUUGAGCAUGAGAGACGCCUGACUGGAGACGCCACCUUCAAGACGCUCCUCAGGGAAAUGUGGACAAUCCCUGGCAACCGCAACCGAGCCGUCAUCUCCAUCCUCCUCAUGAUCUUCCAGCAAAUGACUGGUGUCAAUGCCAUUAACUACUAUGCUCCCCAAAUCUUCACCAACCUUGGAAUGACUGGCAAUGACUCUUCGCUGUUCGCCACUGGAGUUUAUGGCGUGGUCAAGACGGCAGCUUGCGCUGUCUUCCUCGUCUUCGUGGCCGACUCGCUUGGUCGACGCUGGAGUCUGCUGUGGACGGCCGCCGCCCAAGGCAUCUUCCUGUACAUUGUGGGCAUCUACGGACGAGUUCAGCCCCCUAUUGCUGGACAACCGGUCACGGCGUUCGGAUAUGUUGCCAUCACCUGCAUUUAUCUAUGGGCUGCGUCGUUCCAAUUCGGCUGGGGCCCCGUCUGCUGGAUUCUGGUCAGCGAGAUACCCACUGCCCGACUGCGUGCCAUGAACGUGGCCAUUGGCGCCGCCACUCAAUGGCUCUUCAACUUUGUUUGUGCUCGAUCUGUUCUCACCAUGCAGACAACGAUGGGCAAGGCGGGCUAUGGCAUGUUCUUCAUGUUCGGAACCUUUUGCUUCAUCAUGGGCAUCUUUGUGUGGUUCUUCGUGCCUGAGACCAAGGGUCUUAGCUUGGAGCACAUGGACGACCUGUUUGGCGUCACGGAGCUCGUCAAGAAGGUGGAAGCUGAGCCUGAACUUGGCCACCCGGAUAGCAUUCGGGAGGAGCGGGCAGACAUCAAGUCUUGA